AGAGGAAGGAGCAGAUGCAGACACGACUUGGUAGAAGGGUGGACAUGUGAGGGAAAAGAGCAGACUCUGUGGAAAAUUAAAGCAUAAAUGAAGGAGUGGCUGCUGGUGACGAAGUGGGAAUAAGCACAGUCAGACGAUACAGACAUGAUGUGGACAACAACUGUCCUCCUGCUGCUUGUGCCUCAACUGCUUUCCUCCACAGACACAGGAAACAACGCUAAUUUUAACGAAUCAGAAAUAGUCAAUGAGGACUUCUCUGAUGCUCCUGUGAAAGGCCAGAAGCCUGGAGGGGUCAAAGGUCGGGACACCUGCUCCAUCCCGUGUGAAAUCACUGUCAAGCUGCUACGAGAUGAAAAACAUUCAAUCUGUGGCCAAUUGCAGCAGUCUCUGUUGGCGUUUGGACGCAGCACCCGGAAACUGAUCAGGGAUGUAUUGGAUGAGCAGCAGAGAGCCCAGGACAUCCUCAGCAGUCAGGUCACAGAGCUAAUGGCCAAAGUGCAGACGCUCAGCUCCGAGGUUGAGAGAAGCAACACUGAGAUGUACUCUAUCAAACCUGUGCAAUCCCAUGGACGAGACUGCAGCGACAUCAAGGACAAUCUUUUGUCAGUCGUCCCCAAGAUCCCCAGCGGUAUUUACAUCGUCCACCCUGAGAAUACAGACUCUUCAUUUGAGGUUUUCUGUGAGAUGGACUACAUGGGAGGCGGCUGGACGGUGAUGCAGCGCAGGACAGAUGGAUUAACGGACUUCAAACGACCCUGGGCUGAUUACGCUGAUGGCUUUGGAAACCUUGCAGGAGAACACUGGUUGGGUCUGAAGAAGUUAUUUCAUAUAGUAAACCAGAAAGAAACUCGGUUCCAGCUUCACGUUGCUCUGGUGUCCCAGGAUGACGUCACUUCUUAUGCAUCAUAUGAUGAUUUUCACCUGGACAAUGAAACCCAAUUCUUCAGUAUACACCUGGGCAGAUAUGCAGGCAGUGCAGGUGAUGCAUUGCGUGGCUACGACCAGGAUCAGAACCAGGACACGGCUCCAUUCAGCGCCUCAGAUGUAGACAACGACGGCUGUAAUCCUUCCUGCUCCAUCGACAACCGCACAGUGGAGAGCUGCAGCACUCAGCACAACCAGACAGGAUGGUGGUUCAACCAGUGCGGCCUGGCAAACCUCAACGGCUCUCCCGAAGAUGCUGAGCAGAACCGGGAGCAGAGGACGCACAUCCUGUGGGACACCUGGAGACAGAACGGAGUCCUUCACGUCAUCAAAUCUGUCACAAUGAAGAUCAGGAGGAUUGCAACUAAUAAUUGACAGAGAGGAGAAGAAACAGAGGGAGAAAGCACAUAUUAUAUAAGUUGCACUGCAUUUUUGUACAACCUGAUGUUUUAAUAAAACAGGAUGGAAGUAUGAAAGGAUUGUUUCCCCUCAUGUUCUGGAAAUAUUAAGGUGAUUUUGCUUUGAGUUAGGGUUAAUAUGGACUAAUGUGGACUAAUAUGUCUGAAAUUAUCAUGCAAUAUAUUACAACAAUGCCAACAUUAUCAGAAAAGUAGCACACAAAAUGAACACUGAGUCAAUUAAACAUCUCUCUCACACAGUCUUACCCCUUAUUGUAAACUAUUUUAAUAAAAACCUUUUUAUUUAUAAUGCAAA